UCAAAAUGGCUGAGCCUUCCCAAGAUGUUAAAACAAAAAAGGGUGGUUGUCAAUGUCUUACAAAAGUCAGCAAUUUUAUUACUGGAUCCAUGGAAAAAGGAUUUUACCGGUAGGUAUAGCAUCGACUGUUUUUCUCCUUAAGCUUAAGCUUAAGCUUAUCUGUCAAAUAAUGAAGAGUCUAAGAAUUUAUCUUUUAUAGUCAUUAUAUACUUUAAAACAUUAGAAAGAACAACUACAACUCUUGACACACUAAUGACCGGUUGAUACUUUCAAGGAAAGUUCAUAUCGAUAUUUUUUAUUCCCCUACUGAAAGUUUGCUUGAGUUGAGUGUUAUUUGUACAUUACGUAAUCCUUUUCGGUAAUAAAAUUUACAUUCUGUAGACUUUAACCUUUUUAAAAAUGGAAGAAAAUGUGAAGUGUUAACACUGACUUAUUCAUUCUUUUCAGUGGAACAACUUGGCUGUCAGCUUCUUAAAAAUCCGGAAAGUAAUUAAGCUCAAAAAAUAAUUGUUAUUUUGUGGUGGUUGUCCUUCAAGUUAAAACACCUGCGCGUGCGUCAAUAUAGACGUUAUGGCGGCUAUUUCAUCACAUACUUGAUGAUGGCCAAAGCGUCAAACAGAUCACUUGUACUUUUUGCGUAAUAUCAAAUAUCAGCUUACCACAGGUAAAUAUUAACCCGCUUUGCGCACGUAUCAAAACUCAACAUGGCGGAUCAGCGGAACGAAAGUAAUCAAUCCAAUCACCUGACAAUUCCCCAAGUCAAUUUCCGAACUUAAAAUGAGUUUCAGUCUCUUCGACGUUCUCCACUGGAUUUGAAAACAGUAUUAUCCCUGGUGUUACAAUUUCGUGUCCUAAGCUGACAAAAUUUCAAAAUGGCGGAUCUACAAAUUCCCUGUAGUUAAGAGAGUUCUCGGUCGAGUUCUCGUUUUUCUUGAGGCUGAAAGAGGUAAUUUUGAAAGUACAGCUGGUUGAAAUAAUCAUAUCAGAUAUUCAAUUUACAAGAAAAUAGAAAUAUGGGCUGUUCGCAUCUCUAUUUAUCGAUGUUGAAGAUAAUGUCAUCGCUAUUAUUUAAAAUUAAUUUAUGUAUGUUAAUUCAGUGACAUGAAAAACAUCGUUCAUGAGCGCUGAACUAUUGCAUGCUGAGUAACUUUUUGAAAGGAGAAUAAUUCAGUUUGAAAGUGUUGGUGUAUUUGAAAUGAUGCGUUUAUUUAUUUGACUGACAGAGCUUUUGCAUUAUUUGAAUGUAUAUUUUUUUGCAAAAUAAUAUGCAAAUGUUCUGUACAUAACUGUUUCCUUCACUUAUAAUCCCAAGAUGAUGAUGUAAUCGAUGGAAAGUUUCGUAUUCGAAACCAGUUGAACUUCAACUGUUAGUUGAUUUUCAUUACAGGGUUCACACAUCAUAAAAGCACACCCAAACACACCAUAGUAUUUGGCCAAUGGAACAUUUGAAUUUUUAAAGUUGGUUUUGUUGAUUGUCCAACUGGGUGAGCUGCUACAUAUUGGUUUCAAAUGCAAAACACAAGAACCCUGGUGAGACAGAAAAACAGAGAUUGGCACAAAUCUAGAUGAAGUCAGCUUGGGGAUAAAUUUGUGAUUGGUGCUUAAAUAAUGAGUAUUGUUGCAACGUGUUUCAAGUGACACUCUCACAUGCCUGUUAACAGCAGUGCGGUGCACUUUUGGGUGUUUCAGAAAGCUUUUGUUAUAUUGGGCCUUUUGCAACAAGACAAAUUAUUAUCCUUUAAGUAGAAAUUUCUGUUUUAAGAAUAGCAUAUGCAACAAUUCUCUGCUUACAGUGUAUCAAAAAUGAAAUCCCUUUUCUCUAGAGCUCAAUUGAACAGAUCAAACUGAAUCAAAGUAAUAAUCAAGUUAUGUUGUGUUUGGGUGUCAAACUUGCCAAAAAGUUCAGUCUGAUUGUGUUUGAUGGUCAAACCCACUUCAUAAUCGAUCAAGACUGCGAUUUUUCAUUGGGUGUGCUGGAUUUUUUGUUUGGUUUUCUUUGAUAGAUUUUGACAGAACUACUUUACAUACGAUAGUGAUUUGCAUUGGUUCCAAAUUCUUGUUGUUUUGCCAUAUCAGGCUCAAAUGUUUUUUUAUCAACCCUUGAUUUCUUAGACUGGGAAAAGCUGUUGGUGGAAGCCCAUGGAUCACCAUCCUAAUUUCACUUCUUGUUGUCGGAGCAUGUUUAGUUGGCUUGGUCAGAUUUACUCAAGAAAGUCGUGGGGAAAAGUUAUGGACACCUGGAGACUCACAAGCACAAAAACACAAGGAAUGGGUUGAUGAUAAUUUUCCAACAGAUAGACGUGUGACCAGGUUUUUACUUGUUGCUGGGGAUGUGUUGACUCCCGCUAUUUUAAAAGAGGUAAGUGAAAAGCUAAGAGAUGGAUAAAUACAUCAGGCCGUGGUUGAUCAAAAGUUGGAUAGAGCUAGCCACUAGGUCCCAGUUUUUAAAAAGGUGGAUCACGCUUUCUCCACUGAAUAAAUUGCUAUCCACUGGAUAGUACAAUUGGUGUCCUUAACACUUAUCUGCUGGAUAGUGAUUUAGCCAGUCGAUAGCUCUAGGUCCAACUGAGCUAAUCCUGCUGUGGAUAGUUCUGAUAGUUACAAGGAGAGUGUUCCUGGUGGGGGGGGGGGGGUAUUGCCUUUAUAUGGUCUGGGGAUGGGGACAGGGUGGUUUUCGCCUCUCUCUCCAAACUGGUAUUAAUUUUCAUGGGAGUGAGUUUGUCCUAAACAGGAUAUCCAAUUUCACGGAAGUCUGUCCUAAACAGGGUAAUGAAUUUGAGGGUUUUGUCCUGAGCAGGGUAUGUAUUUUAGAACUUUUUUUGGCCUUAACAGAUCAGGAUUUCAAACCCUCGAUCAGCGGCUCACCUAGCCUGCAAAUAAAACUGUUUCUCCUUGCUCCUCGCCGCUAAGAAGGACGUUUUGCCCGAAGGAAUGUCUGCGACUCAGCGACAGAAAUUCCAUACUGAUGACGUAAAAUUUGUCCAAAAUCUGGUCAGGAGCUCUGAUUGGUCGAUGUAGUAGUUAUAUUGUUUUACCUAUUGUUUACAAAUGACAGACAAAAGACAAAAGCCACAAAUGUCAAAUGUAAAUGUGAUGAAUCUGUUACAAAACAGUCAAUAUUCCUAGAACAUAUUCUCCUUUAGAAAAAGCAUCUGAGUUUUGCCAGAACUCAUAUGCAAAAGAUCCCAAAACUUUACCAUAAUCAACCAGGAGAAACAUAAAAUCAAACAAAUUUACAUUUGGAACCCCAUCUCUACCCGAUUUAUUAUGUAAAUAUUUAUUUACGUCAUCAGUAUGGAAUUUCUAUCGCUGAGUCGCAGACAAUCAUGCAUUCCUCCUGGCGAAACAUUCCUGUUGGCGAGGAGCUAGGAGAAAUGGCUGUACCUGCAGGCUAUAGCUCACCUAUAGAUACCAAAAUAAUGUUUGAGUCAAACCUUCAGCGGCUCACCUAUACCAAAAUAUUGAUCGAGUAGUCCCCCCACCCCCCUUCCCCUCUAGGAUGGUGUUUGAUCUCUUUUUUUAUCAACAGGCAAUGAUGAUUCACAAAAAGGUCCUGAAGAUCGGCAAUGGGACAGAAUUAGCUUGGGAGAAAAUAUGUUUUAGGUAAGUGUUCUGCGGACUUUAUUUCCAGGACUGCCUGCUGAUUGAGUGGGAUGUCAAAACAGCAUCAAAUGCUAUUUAAAGAUAAGUUCCAUGGAUAACCUGGUGCCUGUGAAAUGUUUAUUAAAUUGUUCUAGGUUUUAGCUCAAACAUUUUAGGAACCAAAACUGCCAAUUUUUCAUGCCAAUUUUAUCUUCAGUUUAAACUUAAGAUUUACAUGUACCUUGCGUACUUAUGUUUCACAUUCAUGCCUAGCGAGCCACUAACAAGCUACUUCUGUAAGACCUUACAUUAUAAAUGGCUCCCUGUAUUCUUCAGUUGCUCCAAUGAUAUUCUCCUCUCCUGCCAAGAUUAUUCUACCUCAGUUUCAACUGGAUUGUAAAGACCCAUUUGCACAUUUUGACAUAAAAAUGGCUAUAUGAUUUUGCCUUGAAAAAGCAAUUAGUGGGUCAUAUCUUAAACAAAAUUCAAACCCACACCAUUUUCUUAAAAUGUUUUGCUCCCAAAAUGAUUUUAAAAUUCUCUUUCCACAAAUUUUGCCUUAAACUUCAAGGAAAAUUUGAAAGAUUCAGAACAUCUCAGCAUAACUAUCAAAUUUAACAAAUUAAAAAGUAGUUUUGGCCAGUUUUGGGGGGCAACUGGAUUGUUGAAAAAGUCAAAGUAAAUGUUUCCCCUCAAAUUUCGGGUGUAUAUUUUUAUUGUUCAUUCCAACUCAUCAUUUAAAGGAAGCAUUGGUCAACCUUUAGUAAUGGCCUAAUCAAUUUGACUGUAAUGGUAACAGGACUGAGUGGAGUCCAAUUAGGUCUGUAAUCAUACGAGUGAUUUACAAAAUCGGACGACCGCCUAGCGGGAGUCUGAUUUGUUGAAUCACGAGUAUGAUUACAGACCGAAUUGGACGACACAAAGUUCUGUUACCAAUUAAUCAUAACUUUACCAAAAUUUGUGAUAUAAUAGGCUAUAUUUGAAAUCAAAACACAAGAAAUUUGAAAGUUUGUUUUGCUAGCACUGAAAAAAAAAGCCAUUUAAGCGCGCGCGUGAUGGCGCGUACUGUCCAAUUACUUAGGCAUGACGCAUACUGUCGUAUUAAACUGUCCUAUUAAGGCUGAAAUCAGGGCAGUUGAUAGCCAAUCAGAUUUGACAAUUUUGUUAUAGUUAUGAUUAUGCAUAAUAGUCAUUGGUUUCAAUUUUCUCCAAUUCUUUGAUUUAGGUUGGGUCCCAGUUGCAUGAUUAAUGGUUUGUUGGAGCUUUGGUCUUUUAACGAGACUGCAAUAAAUCAGCUUAGCAAAGAUGAUAUUUUGAAAAAGAUCAAUCAGCCUGAAAUCAUAAGGUAAAAAUAUUGUUCUGUACUGUUGCGAAAGACCCACCUUCCACAUUUUUGAUGUUGCAAGUUUUGAUGAUAGGAUCAUUUGGCAAAAAUCUGUCAACACCACUGAAAAGAGUGCUCAAAAAUUAGGAAACUUGCCAAGUUUGAAAGUAAUUCAUCUUAAGUGAGCAAAGGUGGUUCGUUUGGUGGGGGGCAAGUUGGUCCCCUCACCAUGUACAAACUUCAGUACAAUUUUGCAACUUUGCCGAGCUAUAUCUUUGUUCGUACGUAUCAACAAGUCUAUCUUAAACCUGGCAAUUUUACUAUUUUUAGGCUCUUUUGAGCGAUGUUGAUGUUUUUUCACUAAGCGGUCUUUGUCAAAAGUUGAAAAAACUGUGGAAGCGGACACUGUGGUGGACCUUGAGUUACUGUCCUCAUUAGCAAGAGUCCGUAAUAGUGGGAGUUUACCAUAAAAUUCCGAAAAUAAGCCCCUCCAUGUAUAAGCCCCCCAAACUGUUAACGUAAAAAACAUUCAGUUAAAUUGCCCCUCCAAAAUAAGCCCCCAGGGCUUGUAAUUGGAAAAUUUCCCUCAAGUACAAAGUAAAACAAAGCAAAAACGGUAAAUUUACUUCCAACUAUAAGGCUAGCCCAAUCGAUUUUGAGAUGCAAAUUUCCCUCCAUAGAUAAGCCCCUCCGAGUAUACGCCCCUCCAAAACUAAGCCCCUCAAAAAGGGCCUUUGAAAAAUAUAAGCCCCGGGGUUUAUUUUCGGAAUUUCAUGGUAUUUCACUCAAACAUCUAUAAUUUAUUUUUGCCUGGGAUUUAGCUGCUGUCUGUAUUAUCGGGGUGUCCGUUAUAGCGGGGUGUGCGCAAGGCAAGAGUUGACGGUAUUCAGCUCAGCAUACCGUUUUUGCCUUAAUUUUGAAAGUACAACGAUAUUGACCAGAUGAUCAUGAUGGCAAGAAAGGUUACAUGACUGUACACUGAAUAUGCGGCCAGAGUGUCAAAGUCCUGUGGAAAGUCACAUUUUUUGACAAUAAGCAAAGAAACCUUAAAUCAAAUCUCAUUUUCAUAGUCUUUCUUGUCCUCAAAUCUACAAUCAAUCAAUCAAUCAAUCAAUCAUUAAUUUUAACACGUUGCGUCAAAGAGCUAAAAAACUUGUUCAAAAUACGAACAUGUAAGGGUGUACAGGUCCCUCAUUGUUUAUUAAAUGCAGACUUUGUAGGUUUUCUUAUUCAAGGUUAAUUAAGUUAAUAAUUUUUUUUUCAUUUUAGUCCUGUCACCAACAAGAAGUUUGUGCUUUCCCAGUACAUUGGCGGGAUUGAACGUAACGGAACAAAUCACAUUGUGAAAGCUGAAGCGUCAAUAACAGCUUAUGGAAUUAAAUACAAUCCUGUAUUGAACACAGCUGAGGGACGUUUGGUAAGCAUAUAUUCCCACUCUUUUCUAAAUAUCAACACACAAACUCUCCAGACUAAUCUCCAUACAUUUUCUUAAAAGUUAGUCGAGAGAAUUAAUUUUGUUAAAGGAUUUAAGUAUUUUCCCUUAGUGAUCAUUUUAUUAAUUCUCUCAACCUUUUCUAUAGAUAAUGUAUUUGUAUAGUUAGGAGAAAAUUGAUAUUGGUCACUAUUGGGGCUUAAGGGUUAUAACAUAUUAUGAAAUAACUAAGAUAGUACACGUGCUUUGAUUGGCCAAGAGUCGUGUUUGCAUGAGAGUAUGUAAACAUGGUUGUGAUGUCAAGGUGUUUUGCUCUUCAUGCACUAAUCCUGCAAUGAUGAAUUUGAAAAAGUUUUUGAGAUGAAAACUUGACAAGUUUACUUUAUUUACCCAUUCCCUCAUUGGCUGAAACUUGGAAAAUCUUGGUCAAAAAUCUUUACAACCAUUGUAGAUUUCAGAUUCAGUCUCAUUGUAAUGAGCUGUGCUUUUCACUUUUCUAAAUCCACUUUCCUUGAAUUUGAUGUAAAUGUCUUCUAACAAAAAUAUCCAUUCAAAGAUUUUCAAUCUGACCUGAUACAGAGAAGUUCUCAUUAGAUAUUCACUGCUCAUUACGCAUGCAGAAAUGUUGAUUUGAAUUUGACAAAAGAUACUAGAACCACUAAUGGAUUCUUUUUUCAAAAAUUUCAGUCUAGAUGACCUUUAAAAAAAAAAAAAAUUGCCUCAUCAUUUCAGUCUAGAUUUAAUUUUGUACAAUUUAAUGGUACAGUGGGUAUGGUCAUGCACUGGUGGUUUGGGUAAUGCUGAGGUUACACAUAGAUUCUGUCGAUGUACCUCAGUGUGUUCAUUGACAGUUGGUAGAGGUCUGAAGCUAUAUAUUCCUCACAAUUACCAAUACUUUUAAUAGGAGGAUGAAAUGACUGAAGAUUGGGAAACUGCAUUCAAUGAACUGUUGUCUAGCAUUGAUCUUUCUCCAGUGGAGCUGCUUUAUUACAGUCAGCUCCAGUAAGUACAGCAUCUUUUCCCUCUUUUUGCACAUGUAUAGGCUCCUCCAAAUAUAAGCCCCCCAAACCAAUAACGCAAAAACCCCUCCGUUAAAUCACCUGUCCAAAUAUAAUCCCCCUCGGGGGCUUGUACUUGGAACAUUGCCCCCAAAUACAAAGUAAAACAAAACAAAAACGGUAAAUUUACUUCCAUCUAUAAGGCUAGCCCAAUCGAUUUGGAAACGCAAAUUUCCCUCCAUAGAUAAGCCCCUGCAAAAAUAAGCCCCUCGAAAAGGGUCUUUGCAAAAUAUAAGCCCCGGCCGGGGGCUUAUUUUCGGAAUUUUACAGUAUUUCUGAUUGUCAUAGUGUCAGAGUAUUUGUUGCCUCUUGUCUAGGGUGUGAUUGAACCACUCAGUUCAGUCAAGUUGUUCCUUCCAAAAUAAUAAUUCUCUAUCGUUCCAUUCUUCUACAAUGUUCAUGUAUCUCCCUGCUCCAUAACUCUCUUUGUAAAUGACUAAGUUUAUCUUUGUAAAUUCAGCCCACUGUACAUUUCAUCUCUGAGACCCUAAUUGUCUUGACUAUCGGGCAUAAAAUUAAUAAUAAUGGUUUCUAGAGUGUGUUUACUAUCAUAUAAACCAGUCAAAGCUCCUGACCAGAUUCUGGACAGACUUUAUAUGGUGCAUAAUCAUCAGUAUGGAAUUUCGGGGGGCCAAAAUGAAGUUGAUGUCUCUUUUUGAAAUGUCCCAGUGGUAGAGGGUGAUGAGAGGUGAUAGAGUGUAUUUAUGGGAUUUUUUUUAAUAUAUAAAAGCUAUAAAGCUUGUAUAAUUAUGUCUUAGGUGCCAAUACCAAGUGGUAAACAGUCAAAAUCAAUUAAGUCCCAUAUAUGUGAUACAGUUAUUUUUUGAAAUUGUCUAAUUAAACAGAUUUCAAACGGAUUCAGGGGAGAGCAUACAGGGCGAUAUUCAACUCCUGUCCGUUGGGUACAUGCUUAUUAUUGCUUAUGUGGCUAUUAUGCUUGGAAAAUUCACACGCCUAAACAUAAAGGUAAGAUGCGGAAAGCCUUUAAAUGUCAUUACUAUCAUAGUGCACAAGAAUUCAUAUUACAGUCGAACCUCCAUGUGUGACCCCAUCCCAUAAGCAACCAUUAUAUACCAAAACACUGGUGUUUUUCAGUCAAAGCCUUACAGUUGAAACCUCUCGUAAACAAUCACCUGUUGUAAGCAACCAUUGUCAAAUUUAUUGUUAACUUACUUUUUUUAAUUCUCUAUUGUUUUUAACCUCUUGUAAGCAACCACUUAAUUAAUGCAUGGUGUGAUCUUUAUGUUCACUGUGUAUACUAUGCUACUCAGGAUAUAAGAAGAACAGUUAACGGCAAUGUGGAAUUACACUUAUUACAACUCAAUAAUUGCGUGUUAUAAAUUAUCUUGCAUAAAGAAGAUGCAUGGAAAUCUCUUCUUGAAAAAGACUUUUGAGUCAACAAUGUAUUUAUGCAGAUUUUAAGUACAUGUACAUUUAACUGAAGUACAUUUUUAAUUUCUCGAUAGGCUUGGCUGGGAUUGCUUGGAGUCCUGUGCAUUGGUUUGGCAAUUGGGGUGUCAUUUGGGCUUUCCAGUGGAUUUGGUGCUUUUUAUGGCCCAGUUCAUUCAACCUUACCUUUCCUUCUACUUGGUAAAAUCCAGCACGUCAUCUUCUCUGUUCUUCUAUUUUGGUUUCACUGAUUGAAACCUACAUCAGCGCGUCAGCCAACACACAAGUUCAAAUUCUUUGAUUGGGAGGCACAUGAAAAAAAGGAUGAAUUUAGGUUUCGUGGAAACUGCCCACCUACCCCUCCCCUGAGCCAUCAUUUUUUGCACUAAGGGAGAAGUAAGUGUUAAUGUUAGCUUAGGGGAGAGGUAGGUGGGCAGUUUCCCCGAAACCUAAAUUGAUCUGAAAAAAACAUGGGUCGAGAAAUCAACCCUUACGGACAAUUUUUCAGUCGUCAAAAAAGGCAGAAAUAAAUUCGAGAUGUGUACGAGAUGCUAUUUAUACAAGAACUCAGACCAUCACUGAACGUGCAAUUGAACUUGAUUCAUGCUAAGCUUUCCUAUUAAGACAUCUACAGUAGAUGAUAAUGAGGCCUGCGCGAAUGCAAUCUAAUUGGUUCAAACUUCAAUUCUUUUAUCACCUUUGAAACUUUACGAUAAUCAAUCUAACCUCGGAAAGUAACAUUUGAGAAGCAGCACCAGUGUCUUUUUUCUGGGGCCCCAACAGGCUCAACAAAUUACCGGAAAUUCAUUUUGAAUUUCCCUUCAACCUGGGGUCAAUCUGAUAACACUUUUACAAGUGUAAUUUACAAGAGUACUUAGCUAUUGCUUUAGGGUCUGAAAACAAUAGCUAUACUUGUAAAUUACACUUGUAAAAGUUUAAUUAAAUCGACCCCUGAUUGGCAAAUCAAAGGGGGCAUUUUUAACAGGCCAGUCAUGGCUCUUGGUCAAAUAUUGGUACACAAGUGGGGCCCAGAAAAUGGAUUUUGGCACUGUUUCACAGAUGGGCUUAACCAGGAAGUUAAUUUCUGUCUAUUGCGCAGGCUAAGAAGUGAGAAACUCGAAGAUGAAAGUAGAAAAAUAACUGAAAUAUGUCUCUUUACAGGUAUCGGAGUUGAUGACAUGUUUGUUAUUGUGCAAGCAUGGAAUAACUUACCUCUUGAUUUCGUCAAAAACCGUGGAGUCCCUGAGGCCAUUGGCGUAGCAUUACAACAUGCUGUAAGUUCAAUUCCUGGUCGAUUUUCCAACAAAUAUAUUUUAGCUUGCUUUGGAACAUACACCGCCUUAUCUUUUACUUCUGACAGUGUCAACACAGCCUUAGGAAUAAUCAGAGUGAUGGAUAUCCUUUAACAAGUACAUGAAAUUUGGUUUGUGUUCCGCAUAAAACAAAAAAGAUAUCGGUUUAUUAGUGUACGAACCCCUAGAAACCCCUGCAUGGGUGGACAGAGGGAGAAUAGAAACUUGUGAGGAGCUAGCGUGAUGAAAUGUGAUGAUAAAAUUUAUUGGUUUAUAUAAAAUUUGCCAUGAUUUUCUGUCCUGUAGGGUGUCUCUAUCACGAUAACAUCUUUGACUGAUUUCUUGGCUUUCAUGAUUGGAGCAAGCACUGUGAGUUUUACUAAAUAAACUUGUACAUGUACGUUAUAAGUUCAGGGUUUGAAAAGGUGCAGGAAAUAAAUCUUUAUGGAUUAAAUGUGGGCAAAAGUUGGUUUCACAGUGUGUGAUUAAUGAUCUUUUUUUUUUUGGACUAAGCAGACAUUUUAACGAGAAAGCGUUGUUUAGUUUCUUAACUGCAACUGAAACAAGUUCAUCCUUCAAAAAUCUCACGAUCAUAAGUCAUAGUCUCAGACAAAAAUCACCUUUUAAGUAUUGUUCUUAAAAUAUGCCAGUGGAAUCAGUCAGUGACUUUACUUUGUACUGACGCUUGAAAGUUUGCGACUCUGCCAGGUGAAGUGAAUAUAACACAGAACUUUUAAAAGGUGACUUGUCCGUUUCUGUUAUAGGUUAUUUCAUUGGUAAGAUAUUCUGUCAUAGGGUCUUAUAGACAGUGUGCAGAAAAGAAAUGUCCGUAAAAUGGGAUCGACGAUAUAGAAAAGUUUGCAACUCGGGACACAGAAAAGUGUCCGUUGUCCGUAUUAACCGGUGCCCAUAAUAAGCGGGGUAUUUUUAGAAAAUAUAUAUUAGCCUUCCGUUGGGACAAAUGAAACUGUCCAUAUAUAUGGGUGUCUGUAGAGCGGCGUACCACUGUAUUUCUUUUUACUUAGUGUAGUCUGUGCUUUAAUUUUCUUUGUAAUUUUUAUUGUUUUUCUUUAGAUUUUACCAGCCUUAAGAUCAUUUUGCAUUUUUGCUGGAAUAGGUAAGUCAGUAUCAGAACAAAAGAACAUUUUUUUUUCAACCGGCUUUUUUCAAAGUUUUUGUGUUGAAACUGUUACGUGAGUCGCGGUGACAGUAUUAACUUGUUGCCUAUCAACAUUCACAACUCGCCCUCCCUUCCACAGGUUAAAUCGUCCCUUAAACAUUUCGUAUUGGACUCUAGGGGUAAUAAAUCCGACAUAUCGUUGAUUCUUUUUAGCUAGAUAUCUUUAUUUCUUAACUCACGUCUAACAGCAUUGUAAUUAUGCAUUUCCUAUUGUAAUUUUAUUAGUUGCAAGUACGCUGUAAAAUUAAAUUGAUUCUGAAACUUCCUCCGUGCAGAGUCAAUAAAGUCAUUGGUAUUUGUGUAAAUUAUGAUUAUUAUUUUGACUCUCUCCUUCAGGAAUUUUAGCAGACUUUGCUCUUCAAGCCACACUGUUUACAGCGUUCUUGGCUUUAGAUGCCCGGAGGUACAGUUCUUUACCUUUCCAGUCCUAGACCAUGUUAUACAUAUACGUGAACAAAAUGCUAUGGUGUUACCAUUCAAAUGAUUUAUUAUUAUUAUUGUUAUUAUUAUUAUUAUUAUUUUUUUUUUUUAUUAGUAUUAUUAUUAUUAUUAUUAUUAUUAUUAUUAUUAUUAUUAUUAUUAUUAUUAUUAUUAUUAUGACAGAGGGCUUAGGAUAAAUUUCAGAAAAAAGAAAUUAGAUCUUUUUAGCUAGCGGAAGUAGGCGGGUGUAGGGUUAAUCUCAAUUUUUUUGUUUGUUUUGUUUUGUUUUGUUUUUUUUUUUGCGCACAGGGUUUGGGCGGAUCAUGAAAAAAGUAAUGAAAUUUAAGAAUUUCAUUUUCUAAGCUUGGGAGGUUAUGGAAUAUAAUUGUGGGUCACGAAGAGUCAUGGAAAAUCAUGUAGUUCUGUUUGGUUGAAACUGCAGAUGACAACGAAAGGAUAAAGCUUACAAAAUAAAGACAAGCUUUUAAACAGUCCGGACGGCGUUGCCAGUUGUGUCUGUUUAACUGCGUUAAGUCAGGAAAAUAAAAGGAUAGGUUUGAACGUUUUCAAAGUGACAGCCAAACUUAAAAUCAUGGAAAACUGGAAAACGUCAUGGAAAAAGUCGUGGAAAGGCAUGGAAUGUAGGGAAGAGAUUUGUAAAAUAUAGCACGAACGCUAUUUUUGUAUCUUGAACUAAGAGGCUUAACUUUUCAAGGAGUCAAGAAAAUACGGUAUCUCAUAAAUAUUUUCGUGACAUUUCGUGACACCAGCGUUGGUUUUCCUGCGAAUUGACGUCCGAGAAACGAGUGCGGAAAUUCUAUACUGAUGACGUGUCACUACGUAGACCUAAGUAGUGCUUCCGAUUGGGCCAGCCGCAAGGGUAGUCUGCUUCAACCAAUCAGAAGCACUAUCCUGAUCGGGUUAGUUACACGCCAUGAACAUGGAAUUUCUGUGGGCGUUCCUCAACUGUCAUUUCGUGGAUAUGUCGGCUGUAUACUCAGGCGAGUAAAAGUUGAUUAUUGAUUGAUUAUCUGUAGGCAGGGAAAGAAACGCGAUGGCUGCUGCUGCUGUAUCAAACUGAGAGAUGAUUACACCGAAUCAGAGUGUGGUAAGAGGGAUCUUCUACAGGAGAUAAUGGACAAGUAUUUUGGACGAGUCUUGCUGUCUCUUCCUGGAAAGGUAAAUGCUUUCGUUUGAUCCAAUUUAAAGGAGUUAACAACUAACGGCGCCUUCAGUGCUAGUGAUUUGCUGUUGUUUGGUAUGCACAUGCUCGUUCGCUACGUCUUUCACAUGGUUGGUUGGCGUGUGGAGGUUUCCUUCUUGCAGCGUUUUUUCCUGCCACUAGGUUUUUUUCAGCCAAUGUUCCUUCCUACCCACCCCCCCCCCUAGCGUUGCCCUGUUGUUCCUUCUUUACUGAUAUUUUUCAGUAUGGCAGGUGCCUGUGUUGUUUACUUUGUGUAUGGGGGCUCAUGGCUGGGUUUCGCUGUUGUGCCAACAGUAGGGGCGUUAUUUCAAUCCAGGGGCGAGCUGCCAAAAGUGGAAGCCCCUGGAUACUCCAGGCACCCAACCUCCAUCUAGCAAUAUAGGUGUUUAAACUUUAAUAGCGUAAAUAUGAUAAAAUAAAUGAAUUACAGGCUCAACUUUCACUAAGAUGUCAGUCAUUUAGGAUCUUUUUGUAUAGCUGCAAUGAUAAACCAAUUUACCGGUGAACCGCGAUAUUUCUUCUUACGAUACGAAUGUCGUUAUUUGAACAAGGUAUCGCGAUAUUGCGGUAGUCUUUUUUUUUACAUUACUGAUUUGCUCCAUCGCGACAAAUUUGUGAAAUCAGUGUCUUUGUUCUUUCUUUUCAAACUCAUUGAUAAUUCAUAAAGAAAAUAGAAAGGAAAUUAAAGUUUAAUGAUUGUUUGGAAAUCAGAUGAAAAAACUGCUCAUUUUUGCAUCCUUAAUUUCUCCUUCAAAAAUCAUUUUGUUUGAGAAGUAAUAUCAAGCAUACGACACAUUAUUACAUAACCAGAUGAAACACCUGGAAGUUCGUCAAAACUACUCCGCUGCGCGUCGUAUUUUCAAUUCUUUUCUCAGUGUUUCAUCUGGUGAUAAAACACUGCGUCUCAUGCUUGAUAUAUUACUUACCCAUUCUCUACACGAUAACGACAAUCCUUCGUUUUCAAAAAUCUCCACUGCGCGGACCGUUUUUAAAAACCUGCUUCUCUGGUGUCCGAAAGCGCUGUUUACUUUUGGCCGGAAGGCUAAAACGGAGAAAAAAUCCGGAUACCUGUGGACGUGACCUUAAUUGCUAAAAAUCCCUCUUUUUUCCUAUCCCCUGCAGAUUAUAGUGAUGAUCAUUACUGCUGGAUUGUUUGGUUUUAAUUUAUAUGGAACUCUGAUGAUGGAGCAGUUUACUGAUCAAAUUUGGUUUUUGCCACCUGAUUCGAUGGGUUACAAAUACGAGAUGGCAAACCGUGAGGUAUCUUUAAUGUGCCAAUAAUCUAAAACUUUUUACUUUUGUAAUUAAUAGUACACAUUACUGAGAACCUCUGCGCAAAAAAAGUUUGACUUGAACACAAUGUGCUUUUCUUAGAAUCUUUGCUUUUUGGAACGUUUAAAUUUGCUGCCAUUUUGGCACAUUCAAGGUAGUUCAAUAACAUGAGCUCCGGUUGUUCAAAGUUAGAUAACUCGAUUCAAGAAUUCAAAAUUUAAAAGGUUUAAUUCAGAAAAAAUUCCAAUUCUUAGUUUUUAAAAUGCUGAAAUAAGUAUGCAAUUGUUGCUAUGGAUAAGUACUGCUAAAGAGUUUCAUGGUCACACCAUAGGAUUUCAUUCACAGACUGAAAAAAUAGAGCUGCAAACUUAACAGCGCCAUGCAUGUGCAGAAAGUAGUACUAAAAAAGAGGUUUCAUUUGAAUGGUCACACCAGUUUGACCAUUUUAAUUUGAAGUUGUGCGUUAGACUUUGUCGGUUUAGUGCCGAACUUCGCCAUGGGAUUGUUUGGGGGCGAAUUUCGACCCAGGUUCCUGCUCAUUUUCUUAAUAGCCAGUUAAUAGCCAAUAAAAGAAGCGAUCCAAAAAAGUCCCAUUGUGCAAUUUGAUACAACACAGACUCGAACGUAAGAAUUACCAAAUUGCUUGUCUCCGCAAUGGAAUUGGGAGAUCAUGUUCAAAGUUAUUGAUUAAUAAAUAAUAAUAAAAUGCGUAUAAAAACUAACGAAAUAAUGCCCCGACGUUUCGUCGACCUCACUUCGGAAUGCUGUACGUCAAACCAUUAAGACCGCCUUUGAACGUGAAAAAGGAUUCAAUACUUGCUUAGGUCUUUGUCUAGCUGUACUUUUAAUUUUAUGCAGAGUUAGAGUACUUUGACUCCUUUUGAACUCGCAUUAAUUUAUUUCCAUUCCUUGAUAAUAGGGAGCUUAAACAACUACGACGAAGACCACAACGACGACUUCAAAAAAACAAUAAGUUUAAUGAUCAAAACAACAGCUCUGCACGUGCAUCACGCUUCGUAGUACAUUUCUUUGACGUCCACUGCACGACUACGACGUGAAACCUCCUGAUUUGAUGUUUUAUGGAGGACGUGGACACACGACGACAAAUUUUCCUUCCUCUUUUUGAACCUGAAUAAAAUCCUUAAGGAUUCAACUCCAGGAAACGUCGCCUGCAUUUGACGUAUUGAGCGGGUCCAAAUAGGCGCGAUUAAGUUUGAAAGAACAUAAAUUCAUUUUUUUACCGACGUUUUUCACUGCCGUCGUCGUCGUCCUGACUUAAGGUCCCUAAUGGCGCCACGAGGUCGCCGAAAGGUCGAGACAUUAUUUCCUUAGUUUUUACAGAGAACUGACGUCAUUUACUUGUCGCACCUUAAAGAUAUUGUGUUGAUCUUACUGUGGUCAAUAAUUUUUUGCAGUUUUUCCCAGUGGAUGGCGCUCAGUCAAGCAUCUACACAGGUAAAAUGAUAGUAAUUUUGCCAAAUGCAUUCUCGAGCCUGUUGAAUAUUAGUCUCCCUCGCAGCCAUUUUUGUCUCGUCACGCAAGGCUUGUCCCCAUUUUGUUGAUGUACUUUCAUUAAAUGUACACGUAAAAGUUUCCUUUCUUUCCUGCUAGCAGACGCCCUUUUUCUUUAACAUUCGAGGAGCUGACAAGAAGGAUCACAAGAAACCGUCACUUUGUUAGCGAUCCCUGUUUACUCACUUUCGCGCGGUAAGAAGACUGAGCACUAAAAAAUAAAACAGCCAAUCAGACAAAAGUCUCCUUUGUUCAUCACGUGACGGUUUGGUCGCUUGAUAGCAGUGCACAUGCUCAGCACAGUCUGUUUCGACCCAGGUCUCUUUCCUUCCUGCUGGUCAGCUUAGCAAGUACGAAAGAAACGAGGCCUCUGUUAACAGGGAUUUUUCUUUCGUGGGCUGUUUAGCAAAUUUCCCAAUGACUGAUCCCACAGGAAAGUAAUUAAUAUUUGUUAACACUGACAGUUUCCUUUUAUUGCUUAUUUAGUUUACUCUAUUUACUUUGAAUUUAUUCUCAUGCAGCAAAAUUCGAUUAUUAUGCAAACCAAGGCAAACUUCACCAGCUUCAUGAUGUUGUUGUCAAUGAUCAGUAUGUGGUCGCCAGCUCAUUGAAUAGUUGGUACGAGGAGUACAUCAAGUGGGCCAGCCGAAGCAAACCUGGACAAGAGUUCGACCAGAGCUCAACUCCAUGUUAGUUACUCAAUUUGUCUGUUUUGCGGUGGAUAGCCUGCUAGCAUGGUCUUCAUGUAUGGCGAGCGAAGCGAACCCGCGAGAGAACGCGCAAGCGAGCGGCGAAGCCACGAGGUGCGGAGGAAAGGAGAGCUUGCAAAAAUCUCGUAUAAAUUUUCAUUUCUGCUUCGCCCGGGGUUGCGCAUGUGCGUGUAGUGACAGGACGUGUCUUUUUACGCUCCCAGUAUAAUGUAAUAGACACGUCUCCAUACUACCUGCCUCGAUUGGCUCUACUAUUUUGCAGGUAGUCUGUAUUUGUAAUUUAUUCAUUGCGAAUGUAAACAAAUAAAGCUUCUUCUUCUUCUUGACGAAUCAAAAUACCAUUGGCUGAAAAAUGAUGCACCGUCAAAUGAUUUGGAUUGAUGAUAUUCCUGGCUGACCCGCCAUAAAUGCUUGCCGUACAUUUAGAAACACGCCUCGCCCUUCGCAAUCGUGUCUCCUUUCACGUGCUUCUCUCGCGUGACCUCUCACGACUUCCCCAAAUGGAGAUCUUUCUCGCAGGCUAGCGGUGGUACGGCUCAGUGCUAUAUAGAUUAACAGUAAAACAGGAAAGUACUGUGCAGUAGUUUCAUUUGAAUAAUCUGGCAGUACUAAGAAUUUCAUUUUCAGACUCGAAAACGUUAGAAAAGAAACACCUUAUAUGCCGUUAAAGGAAAAUACUGCUCAUUAGCUUUCAUUUGAAUGGUUGCACUGAAGGAUUUCAUCCACAGAUUCAGAUAUUAUAACCACCUGAUACAGUACAAUAAACAGUACCACAGGAAAGUACAGCUCAGUAGCUUUUUUUUGAAUGGUCACAAGUUAGGAUUUCAUCUACAGACUCUAAAGAUAGAACCACCUUGUACGGCACAAUAAACAGUACCACAGGAAAGUACUGCUCAGUAGCUUUCAUUUGAAUGGUUGCACUGAAGGAUUUCAUCCACAGAUUCAGAUAUUAUAACCACCUGAUACAGUAAAAUAAACAGUACCAUAGGAAAGUACUGCUCAGUAGCUUUCAUUUGAAUGGUUGCACUGAAGGAUUUCAUCCACAGAUUCAAAUGUUAUAACCACCUGAUACAGCAUAAUAAACAGUACCACAGGAAAGUACUGCUCAGUAGCUUUCAUUUGAAUGGUUGCACUGAAGGAUUUCAUCCACAGAUUCAGAUGUUAUAACCACCUGAUACAGCAUAAUAAACAGUACCACGGGAAAGUACUGCUCAGUAGCUUUUAUUUGAAUGGUUACACUGAAGGAUUUCAUCCACAGAUUCAAAUGUUAUAACCACCUGAUACAGCACAAUAAACAGUACCACAGGAAAGUACUGCUCAGUAGCUUUCAUUUGAAUGGUUGUACUGAAGGAUUUCAUCCACAGAUUCAGAUGUUAUAACCACCUGAUACAAUACAAUAAACAGUACCAUAGGAAAGUACUGCUCAGUAGCUUUCAUUUAAAUGGUUGCACUGAAGGAUUUCAUCCACAGAUUCAGAUAUUAUAACCACCAUGUACAGCAUAAUAAACAGUACCACAGGAAAGUACUGCUCAGUAGCUUUCAUUUGAAUAGUCAAGCUAAGGAUUUUAUCUAAUAUAGACUUAACAGUUAGUUGGCCAGUUUACAAAUGUCCUUUUGACCAGCAGCUUUCAUUUCAAAGGUCACACGUUAGGAUUUCAUCUACAGACUUUAAAGAUAGAACCACCUUUGACAGCAUAAUAAACAGCACCAUAGGAAAGUGCUGCUCAGUAGCUUUCAUUUGAACGGUCACACUAAGGUUGUUAUCCAGAGACUCAACAGUUAGUUGGCCAGUUUACAAAUGCCCUUUUGACCAAGUUACUGAACUGAACUUAUUUCUAUUUUAGGGAAGAUACGCAACAAGAGUAAAUUCCAUGAAUGGCUUUCAGAAUUUGUUAAAGGACCAGGAAUCAGUUACCAAAAAGAUAUUCAGUUCAAAAAUGUCAGUGGACAACACCCCGAGAUCAAGGUAACUUUAAAUAUUUUCAAAACAUGAGUAAUGUUUUCCCAGAAUUGCGAAAAUACACGCAAAUGUCUGUAAUUCCCCACUUCAGAAACUUUAAGGAGACUGGGUACAAGCUUUUGGUGCGGUGAUUGCUGGGAUUGUUUGGGUAGACAAGCGUUAGUUGUGAUUGGUCGAUGCGGUAUUCAAGGCAACCAUUAACCAAUAAUAAGUAACGCUUGUCCACCCAAACGAUCCCAGGAAUCAUUGCGUUAAAAGCUCGUGCCCAUUCCCCUUUAGCGAGUGGAAUUUCGAUUGCGCAAUUUCCGUAGGAAAGGAAGAAAUGCGCAGUUUUAUCAUACGUCCAGCCUUAUCCUCGCUUUAUCAGAAGGGCCAGGUUUCUAAGCGCAUAACUGUUAAAUGGUGUAUUCUUUACAUAGUAACGUUGCGCAAUUUAUUAACCGGAAGGGGCACGUCACCACCACUCUCGGUCCAUGUAAGGGAAUCAUUGGAUUCUGGAUUCCACCCUGGGGAUUCCGGAUUUCCGGUACUGGAUACCGGAUCCUUGUCAAUGGAACUUGGACUCCGGAUUCCGGAUUUUUAAUCGUUAUCGGGAUUUCGGUUUGCUUGAGCUAAAUUACGGAUUACAAACCCCAGGAUUCGAGAUUCCACCUAGCAAAAUUUUUUUCACGCAUUUCGGAAUAACGGGCCGAACCACUCACGUAAUGUCCUUUAUCGCCACUGUUUUUUUCCUUUUUCUUUCAACAGGCAAGUCGCUUCAAUUUUAGACACAUAGAUAUGGACUCUACACAAACAGAGGCAAAAGCUAUGGACGAUUUGCGUGAGAAGAUUGAAAAGGUGUUUGCUGAUGACUUGGCUUUUCCAUAUUCACGGUUCUAUCUGGGAUGGGAAACAAAUAAGGUAUUUAUAAAAGUAGUAAGAACGAAUGGUUGCUAAGUGCGACCAAGUUUCGGGCUUGUUAUCGAAGGUCAAAACGCUCUUGCCCUUCUGGUUAACUUUACGUGAGUAUAACGUGAUAGUAGGUCAAAACGCCGGUGAUCAGAUUACCCAAACCAGCGGCGGAUCCAGGGUAGGGGCCGGGGGACUUGGCCCCCUUCCCCCCUUAUUUUUAGCACUUAUGUCCAGAAAUGCAUGCAAUGGCGAAACUGGCGAAAAAUCGCCAGCCGCUGGCGAUUUGAAUUGGAUGCCAAAAGUGGCCCUCGGAAAAAUUUUUGGCGAAAUUGGCGAUUUUAUAAAAAUCGCCAUGCAUGCCCCGAAGAAUCGCCAGCCGCUGGCGAUUUGAAUUGAUGCUCAGGCUGGCGAUUUUGGCGAAAUUGGCGAUUUUGGCAAAAAUCGCCAGAGGGCUGGCUGGAUAACUAAAGACAACAGUACCAAAUUAGUUGCCUAAUAAGAGGCCCCAAUAACUGUGAGGCAACAUUUAUCAAAUACAACUGAAUCAAAUACAUGACAAAACAGCUUUACCUAACUGUCAAACAACAUUAUUUUAUCAAAUACAACUGCGGGCCCCCUCCUUAUCUCAGGUUCUGGAUGACCACCCCCAAUUACCUGAAGGUCUGAAUCCGCCAAUGCAAACGCGAGUCGGAUUGCGUUCAUUGUAAGUGAGGAUCUAAAAGAACGCUGGCUUCAUGCGGGCUCCUGGUCGCCCGCAAUAAAAUUUUACUGAAUGGUCUUUUGGAUCUUUGUCAAAACAAUGUUUUAAGACGCUACUCUUAAUAUCGCCCCCAUUAACCCCUACAUGUAGGUAACGGUUUUACAAGUUCAGGUAAAAGUUCACCUUCGUUCCCAAAGACUUUCCUCGAAGGUGUGGUUGAUCGAAGAAACUGCUUACUUCUUGCAUCUUGACUGUAAAACAACGUGCGCGAUCAUAAGAAAGGAAGUUAAGACCGUAGGGUCACACCAUAGGGUUUGUUUCACAGACUGUAAAGGUCAAACUUCAUUCUACUGCAUAAUAUACUGUACCACAGGAAAUUACUGCUCAGUAGCUUUCAUUUGAAUGGUCACACUUUUAGGACUCAAAUGUUAUUACCACCUUGUCAGCGCAACACUGAUAUUACGUAACAGCGCGACAUGAAAAUAAAGCUCCGUCGCGUUUAUUGAAAUGGUUACUAAAGAAUUACUGGAACGGACAAAACUGCAAAGGUUGAGGCGAAGUAUGUGGUGAAAUUUUUCCUUAUUUCAGGUUAUUUCAGAGGAACUCUUUCGUAACAUGGCCCUCGCUCUGAUGGCUGUAUUCCUAGUCACGCUUGUUGUUCUCGCAAACAUUUGGACGUGCCUCAUGGUCUUUUCUUGUGUAGGCUUUACUCUGGUAAGUUUUUUGACUACAGUUGAAUGCAUCUUUGCAGGUGGCGAAUAAUAAAACCACUUUCGAGUGUUGUUGUUUCCCGCCUUUUUUGUUAGUAGACGUGAUGCCAUAUUUAUGGUUGUCCGUUUAGCGUACUUAGAGACGUAGAUGUUUCUGUUUUAUUUUAACAAACAGCUAAGUGACAUUCAUAUUUUCUAGUUAUUUUUUUUGAAACCCAUUUACCUGACUGGUCAAAAUGACUGGCCAACUGAAAGUUUGUCCGGACAAAUGGUCAUCUUGGCCGGACAUUGUUCGUUGACCGGCCAAUAUUUUGAGCCUUGUUUACGAAGAAAGAGGUACGCAAGGCACGAAUGUGUCACCUACCACGCCUUUCGGCCUUGAGGGAAUAAUACCCUCCUCUAUCUGCAUAAUUCUUGUCAUCACUCUCGCCCAUUCAGUGUCUGUUAAAAUCAUUUUGAAAGUUUAAAUUUGCUGUCGAUGCACGACCUGUUUCGAAAGAAGAGGUACGCAAGGCGUGAAUGUGUUACUUACAUUAAGUCUUGUUAUAGGUCAGUAUUACUGGUACAAUGCAGUUCUGGGGCCUGACCAUUGAUACUGUGAACACCAUCAUUCUGGUGCUGGCUGUUGGUCUGUCUGUGGAUUAUGCGUCUCAUGUUGCGCACACAUUCAUGAUUAUAUCUGGCACACGAUACGGUAGGUUUUUGACAGCAUUUCAUUAUUACUGCUUCAUAAUUUUAUCUUUUUUCUGGUAUAAUUUUCACUGGCCUCGUUCAGGGUGAAGUUAGACCCAUCUUGAUCCUGAGCAAAUUAACAGCGCUCAAUGAAUGUCAUGUUUGCUAUCCUAUUUGUUGCUAAGGGGAAAAAAUCACGGAAAAUUUUUCAAAUUUCGUUUAGUGAUAUCCUAAGAAAUAAAUAUAACCAUACAAAAGUUCUACCAAAGAGGUUUUAUUUGAAUGGUAAUAUCAUAGAAUUUCGUCCACAGAUCUAAAGUUAGAGUGAAUACUGAUCUAACCUCAACGUGGUCUCGUACGGUGAGGGUAUGGGGGCGGGAGGGGGGGGUACUGCCAUAAAUGGGCUAUAUAGGCUUUGGAGAGUCAAAGAAAAGGGAGUAAAGAAAGGUUGGGACGAACUAUAGGUUUCCGUUUUACCGAAGUGUCCGUCUUGUAGAGGUGUCUUUAACAAGAGUGCACUGUAUGUGGACACCAUAGGAAAGCGAGGUGGGAUUAUCGUUCGUGCGGGAUUUGAUUUUCACCUAAUAAUAUGAUGCAGUCAAUAGGGUAUUUUUGGGUUGCCCCUAGCCUCUGUUUCAAAGCGAGGCUAAGUGCAAAGCCAUUGAUUCUCCUACAAAUGAAACUCAUUUUCACAAGAAAGGUUUUCAACUUGGCCUCGUUUUGAAAGUGAGAGGUUUUGGAACUCGAAAAUGGCCUAUACCAUAUGGCGUCGACGUUAAUGAGAAUCCCCGCUUAAAAUAACUGUGUGAAAGAUGCCCCGUACACCAUCCUCGGAGACCCAGGGACAAUCAGUUGGGUCGGCAGAAAGGGCGGGACGAAAGUUUUCAAGUACGGGCGAAAGAGCUUUCGUCCCGCCUUUUCUCCCGACCUGACUGACUGCCCCUGGGUCUCCGAGGAUGCGUACACAGGUGAAAAAUAUGCUGAAGGGUCCCUUUUUGAUGAGAGACAAUGUUUUCCUUUUUAGAUCGCGCCCGCGCAACCUUGCGCGAUAUUGGACCAGCAGUAUGGAACGGUGGUUUUAGUACAUUUUUAGCCAUUGUGCUAUUGGCGUUUUCCAAUUCGUACGUUUUCAAGACUUUCUUUAAGGUAAAUAGACGUGAUAUGGGCUCUCCUUGCUGGAUAAUUUGGAUGGUGGAUACGGUUUUGUUUUGGCUGUAAGGGAGUAAUAAAUAUGUUUUGGCUGAAAUAUAUGUUACAUGAACACAAGACAACGACUUUCUUUUUCUUUUCCUGAACUUUGAUACAGUCUUUUUGAAUUCAACUCCAGAAAGAUUUGCCAAGAUUUGACGAAUUGAAUGAGGUGGAAUAAGCGCGAUAAAGUUUGAGGAAGCGUGAUUUCAUUUUUUAAGUGACGUUUUCGUAGCCGUUGCCGUCGCCGCCGUUGUUAGUCAAGCUCCCUAUUAACCAAGAAAAAAUAAUCUACACCGGCUUUAAUGAGGCGUGGAUAUGGUGUUUCUUUUUAAACAGUCGGCCGUACUUUUUAGACCAUGAUCCAUCCUUAUUAAUUGUUCCUUCCUUUUACAGUCUUGUCAGAUUGGUGACAAACCGGGAAGCUGGUAAAAAAUGCCUUAACCCUUUACGUCCCAAUAGUGACCAACAGCAAUUUUCUCCUAACAAUAUCCUUACAUUGUCAUGAGAUGAGGUUAUGAGAAUUAAUAAAAUGAUCACCUAAGAGAAAAUACUUUGAUUUUUUAUCAAUUUCUCUUAACUAAUUCUUAAAGGAAAUGUAUAGAAAUCAGUUUGGAGAAUUUGUAUGUGGAUAUUGGGGCUUAAAGGGUUAAAAUACCGGUGCCACUUUUCUUUUGCAGGUGUUUUUCUGUGUAGUCUUUUAUGGAAUGUUUCACGGAUUGUGCUACCUUCCCGUGAUCCUCAGCGCGAUUGGGCCUUCUCCUUAUGAGUCUGCGAAGGAGCACGAUCACAAAAAUGGCCGUUUGUCCCCAGUCCACCCGGCUGGUUUGCCGGGAGACAAUGCUAGUUAUGAAUUAGCUGUUGCUAAUGGCAAGAAGCCCGUGAGUAAUGAAACUCAGAAUGGCGGAUAUCCACCUCCGGACUACGAUGGUACGUACUGCAAGUGA